AUGAACCACGCAUGGCUCUUUUGCGCCUUUGUUUUUUCCUUGUCCGACGAAGUGCAAACUUUGGCUCGUGGGGGGCACGUUUUGGUGCCAACUAAUCCGUGUGGCUUACUGUUCGAUCUUCUCGAGACGGCCAUCCGAGCCAAAGAGAAUUUCAACGGCACACUAACACGAUUGUUUCCCACGGAACUUGCGGAUCCGGCCGCAUCGGUGCCUGGUAGUGGGUCGGUUAUGUCUGCUGGGAACGGCAGUUCGAAUGCCAUCGGAACUGGAAACAAUACGACCUCUUCAGGAACCGCUACCACUACAUCCGGCCCCGUAGGAUCAUCAGAUGCAGUCAACGGGGUUGAGGUUGGUACGGGCCAGCUUGUUGGCGGUGGGUCCUCUUUGGCCGCUCGAGUAGCUCGAUGUCCCGUUUAUACGAUAGCCGGUCAAAUACACGCGAGUUUAGCUUAUGCUAAUGCUUACGGUGAGUGGCUGAACUCCGAAAAGGAAUCACUGCUAUACACAGCCGAUUCACCGUUCCCGUAUCAAACCCUUUUACGAUCCGGUCAGCUGAUUGCCGUGCGCAGUUUACACGAAACUCCAAUGGCCAAAGAUUUGUCCACUUCCUUGAUCACUUCCGUCUCCCCCAUAUACGGUCGAUCCUCACCUCCGCUGCUCGGCGGUCUCACAAAUGGUCAGACGCAAUCCCCGGACUCUCAUUCGGUCUCUUCUAUCCCAGGGAAUACGCUGCCUACCACGGGGGCAGCGGGGACGCCCUCGUCUACGGGACUGAAUAAUGGUCUGGCUUCGUUUCCACUCGGCACGCGUGAAUCUCAGCCCGGUCUGUCUGGAGGUAGUUGGCCCGCAACACCAUGUCUGAUUUUUGCUACUCAUCCUUCACUCCGUUUCGGACCUGUCGUACACUUACUUCGAGCCUUGGCUUACGCUGCGAUCAAGCCUGGUGGUCGUGCGACACAAAACUCUCAAACCCCGCGACACGCUGUUGUUCUGGUAGAGUCCAAUGAUUAUGUCCAGAGGUAA